AUGUCCGAGCAGCUGACUUUGUACCUCCACAAGCUCUCGCCCUAUAGCGCAAAGGUCGAACUGGCUCUUGUAGAAGCCAAUGCACCCUACAGAACCUACCAAGUCGAUCUCUCCAAUAAACCAGAGUGGUUCGCCAGUAAAGUGAACCCAAUCGGCAAGGUGCCUGCUGUAACAUAUGGGGGACCCAAUGUCGAGCCCGAUGAUCCUUCGCCCCUGUCCGCCAAAAUUGCGGAAUCGAACAUCAUCCUUGAGUUCUUGGCGGACCUUUAUCCAGACUCAGGCCUCCUGCCAAAGGAUCCUGUUCUGCGCGCAAAAGUCCGUUUCUUCGUCGAUGUGACUACUAAACAGGUCGAAGCACCAUUAUACGAUUUCAUCCGAGGGCAGGAGUCAUAUGACAAUGUCCUGAAGGGGAUUGAAUUUAUUCAAGGACUUCUCGAAGAAGGUAGAGAUUUCGCGGUCGGAGAUCACUACAGCAUCGCAGAUGCAUGCAUUUCUCCGGGUCUCGCAAGGCUCAAGAUCAUCACCGAAACUGACCUAGGGAAAUUCCCUGUCGGAAUGGGGUAUAAGUUAGGGGAGGAGUUAAAAGGACCGAAAUUUGCCAGAUUCAGGAAAUACGCUCAAGGAAUGCUGGACCGUCCGAGCUUGAAGCAAACUCAUGAUGAGGAGUAUACAACAACAUUCUUCAAGACGAGGUUCACUGAGCGCGUACAGUGA